AAUUGGAGGCAGCAGGGAGUGAAGCAGCAUCUGUGUAAGGCGAGAGAAAGAACCUGCAUGUAAUGGAGGAGCAGUACAGCAGCACUGCCGCUGUUGUUUGGACACUAACUACCACCACAGCCACUGUUAAUCACUCUUAAUGGGACAGACUCAGAGCAGCUCUGGGAUGCCCAAGGUACCAGCUGUGUGGAUCGAGUGCCACCUCUGAUAUGAUGUGGAGAGCAGGAGGGGCAGCCACCUCUCUCACACUGCUGCUGCCAUUGGUGUGCUGGUGCUACCUGUGCCACUCACUACGUAUUCCAAAACUCUCCUCCUAUGCAAAAGCAGAAGACAAAUUAUUCAAAUAUCUCUUUAAAAACUACCAGAAAUGGGUUCGUCCAGUGGAAUACCUAAACCAGACAAUCCGUGUGAGGUUUGGACUAGCUAUUUCCCAGCUAGUUGAUGUGGAUGAGAAAAACCAGUUAAUGACAACUAAUGUUUGGAUGAAACAGGAAUGGACUGACAUGAAACUCAGAUGGAAUCCCGAUGAAUACCUGGGCAUUACAUCGAUCCGUGUCCCCUCAGACAGGAUAUGGCUGCCGGAUGUUGUACUGUAUGAUAAUUCUGAUGGACGCUUUGAGGGAACUAUCACCAAGGCCGUUGUGAAGUACAAUGGCACAAUAUUGUGGACACCACCAGCCAACUACAAGUCAGCCUGCACCAUUGAUGUCACCUUCUUCCCUUUUGACCUCCAGAACUGCUCAAUGAAGUUUGGCUCCUGGACCUAUGAUGGCUCCCAGGUGGACAUAAUUCUGGAGGACUUCCACGUAGACAAGCAGGACUAUUUUGACAAUGGUGAAUGGGAGAUAGUGAAAGCCACAGGCAGCCGUGGCCUGAGGACUGAUGGCAGUUCUUCCUAUCCCACCAUUACUUAUUUCUUCAUUAUCCGCAGGUUGCCUCUUUUUUACACCCUCUUUCUCAUCAUUCCCUGCAUUGGCUUGUCCUUUCUUACCAUUCUUGUUUUCUAUCUGCCUUCAAAUGGUGGUGAGAAGAUCUCUCUCUGCACCUCAGUGCUGGUGUCGCUCACUGUCUUCCUCCUGGUCAUUGAGGAGAUCAUCCCCUCCUCUUCAAAAGCAAUCCCACUCAUUGGGGAGUACCUGGUUUUUACCAUGAUCUUUGUCACACUUUCCAUCAUUAUUACUGUCUUUGCCAUCAACAUCCACCACCGCUCUUCUUCUACACAUCACAGUAUGGCACCCUGGGUGAGGAAAAUUUUCCUGCAUCGACUUCCCAAAUUGCUAUGCAUGCGCAGCCAUGUGGAUCGUUAUGCCACAGCUGGAGUAGCCAGGGCUAGAGAAGCGGUAGGACUGGAAGGGAUAAAGAGCUCGACACCUGAGCUCACGCAGCUCCUCUACACUCGACACAACCUAGAAGCUGCUUUGGAGUCUAUUCGCUACAUUACCAUGCAUGUGGUUAAAGAAAAUCAGGUCAGAGAGGUUGUUCAAGACUGGAAGUUUGUAGCCCAGGUUCUGGAUCGAAUGUUUUUGUGGGCCUUCCUCUUGGUGUCAGUCCUUGGUUCCGCUCUCCUCUUCAUCCCAGUUAUUUACAAAUGGGCCAGUAUCAUUGUCCCUAGCCAUCCUGGAAGUAUCCUCUAAUAACCACAGUUAAACUAACCACAAAUUGAAGCAAAGCACAUAAACAGCUACUUGUAGUCAUAUUUUAGAUAUGAUUGCAGUCCUGCUCGGGGUUAUUCUGUUUGCUAUAGGUGUGCCAGAGCUGCACAGCUACAGCUUUGGGUGCCUUGUUUGCAGAGUGGAGAGAAACAGGCUUUGUCUCAAAUCCAUAACAUGUAUUGUUCCUAUGUAGGCUUUCAGUAUAUAGUUGAUUGAUACUGGAAUAAUGAACAAACAUGUACUCAGAGUAGACAUAUAUACUGAAUACUAUCAAUUUGUAAAUGUGUCUAUGAUGAACAAUAUUUAACAACAAAGCACAACUGAAACAUAAAAACCCUUAAAAAUCUUUAAGGAAACAGUAUGAUAUGAGACUUAGUGUGUAGCAGAAUACAUAAUUACUAUGUAGGAUGAAUUUGGUUUUAAUCUAAAUUCUGCAUUUGAGAUUAAAUAUUACUUACAGAAGAUCAUCUGCAUUUCUGUCCACAUUUCACAUAUAAAUAAAUAACAGUACAAUAUGA